AUGAGAUCCUACGGCAAAGAGAAGAAGUUACGUUUUCCGUACGUUUUCAUGGCGUGUUGUUUCUUCCUCGCCAUCAUCGGCUUCACCUUCUUCAAUCUCUUCUCUCAGAGAAUCUUCAGCGAGAUUCCGAUACGAAGAUCCGUAAACCAAGAAACCAGAGAUGGUUCUGUCUCUAACAUUCCCUUUCAGGUUUUAAGUUGGAAACCUCGAAUAUUUUACUUGCCGAAUUUCGCAACCAAACAACAAUGUGAAGCUCUUAUCAAUAUGGCAAAGCCUAAGCUUAAGCCUUCUCUUCUUGCUCAAAAGAUAGGCGAAACCGCAGAGAGCAUUCAAAACGUUAGAACAAGCACUGGAGUGUUCAUCAGUGCUGAUGAAGACGAAUCCGGACUUAUAGCUUCCAUCGAAGAGAAAAUAGCCAUUGCCACUAGAGUCCCUAGAGAUCAUUAUGAAUCAUUCAACAUCUUGAGGUAUAAGCUUAGACAGAAGUAUGAUUCACAUCAUGACGUAUUAGAUCCAGCUGAGUAUGGUGCUCAAAAAAGCCAAAGACUCGCCUCUUUCCUGUUGUACUUAUCGAGCGUUGAAGAAGGAGGAGAAACAAUGUUCCCAUUCGAGGAUGAGAGAAACAUGGAUGGAAGCUAUGAUUAUAUGAAGUGUACUGGUAUGCGAGUAAAACCGCGGCGAGGAGACGCCAUUUUCUUCUACAAUUUGCUCCCAAACGGAACAAUUGAUGAAAGAUCUCUUCAUGGAAGCUGUCCUGUUAUCAAGGGUGAGAAAUGGGUUGCCACAAAAUGGAUAAGAGACCAACCAUAUGAAGAUUGA